GUGGCGGGCGGACGGGCGGGCAAGCUGGAACCCGUUGGAUCGGUGGUAUCAAGGAAUCGGAAGAGGGACCCGGCUCUCCCCUCCCCACCCCGCGUCCCACGUCGGUUCCCCUAAUCUGCGUCCGCGGCGUGAUAUGAGACGGUGAGAUUUCCUUUCUCCCUCUCCCGGUGAGUUCCUGGCUCGCAUUUGGUAGUCCGUCGUCGACGUGGCCGUCGGAUCCCUGGGUUACUCCCGCAGUCCCGCUCUCUUGUGGAACUGGUACAUCCGUUUCGGUUUGUGGUUCUGUAAUUGCUGAUCGGCGUGAUGAAUUUUAGGCCAAUAGUUCUUAUCUUCCUCCUGCUCGUGCUCAUUGUCACAUCACAGUUUGAGUGGAAGCAGCAUAUUGGUGAGGCUGAGGCGAAUCCAACAGCUACACGAAGGAGGCAACAGGCGCUUGGAAGGGAGGAUGCUGUUAAAGAGAAAGUAAUAUUGGCACAAGAGAAAAACAUUCAGCAGCUUAAUGAGCUUAUUCAGAGCCUUCAGCUUCAGCUAUUGCAUUGCCGGGGCAGUAACAGUUCUGCUCAGACCGCCUCAAGCCACAGCGAAGUGGAGGGACAUGAAAUGAUUGGUGACUGAUAACCUCUCAUCCCCUCCCCUCUGUUGACAUAGGUAGUUUGCUUCAGAGUAUAACCAAGACAAGAACAGAAGCUCUUCAGGCAAUGGAAACUCUUGUUGUCGCCUUACGGUGGGCCGGUAGAGUUACUGGUAUUAUGUGCUUUACGUUAUCAGUAUCACCUCCUUUUGCAUUCUCACCCAGCGUGUACAGGGUUUUAGUAUGUUGGUCUAGGUUACUUUGCUGAUCAAGGUUCGAAUGUAUUUGUUCUUUUAAACAUAUGCACUCCGAUCUUUAUAUGAUGGACCAUUUCUUUGUGUC